CUCUCCUAUUGAUACCCACCUCCCUCUCUCUCCCUACGUCUGUUUCGUUUUUGCACUCCGAUAACUUUCCGGCCGAAGUCCAGAGAGAUGGACGGCGUGAAGACGGAAAGCGACCACCGAGAGAACGGAAAGUCCUGCAAGAGCGUUACCCUCGAAGAACUGAGGGAGAAGAUGGCCGAGUUUGCCAAAGAAAGGGAUUGGGAUCGGUUCCACAGUCCCAGGAACUUGCUCCUCGCCCUGGUGGGAGAGGUGGGAGAACUGUCUGAGAUAUUCCAGUGGAAGGGAGAGGUGCCGAAGGGGCUGCCGGACUGGAAGGCGGAGGAGAAGGAGCACCUGGGCGAGGAGCUGUCGGACGUGCUGCUCUACCUGGUGAGGCUCGCCGACAUCUGCGGCGUGGAUCUCGGCAGCGCGGCCCUGCGCAAGCUGCAGCUCAACGCUAUCAAAUACCCCGUCAAACUCUGCAAGGGCUCCUCCGCCAAGCACACCUCUUACAACAGCGGCUCCACUGGCAACCAAUGAAGCCAAUGGGAAUCGGGGAACACCCUUGAACUCAUCUUUCGAGUUGCAGAUGUGACGAAUCCUCCAGCAAGAAGAAAGAGAAUCAAAGGCGCCAAGAGAGAGAGUCAAGGGCACCAGCAGCCUGGUCUCUCUCUCUAUAUAUCUAUCUCUAUCUCUACAGUGGGCCUCAUUUUUCUCUCUUGGGGGUGAAAGAUAGCGUGAAACCAAGGAAGAAAAAGUUUCGCAGGGACUUUUACCCAAAUGGGUAACGUGGCGUUUGGAAUGUAAGUGGUGCCCAAAAAAGGGUAGGUUGUCGGGAGGUGUCUGGAAAGCAAAGGAGAAAAGGUGUACGUUUCUCUUCACAGUGGCCAUUAAUUUUAGGAGAGAUUCCAGAGAAUGGGACAUCAUUUGCUUGCUUGUCUUCCAAAAGCUUUUUAGACUUUCAACGCGAAAGAAGGAGAGAUAUAUAAGCAAUCAAGAGAGAUAGAUGGAAAGAGAGAAGAGCUACCUUCCCUUAACUCUCUAGUAAGGACGGUUCCGGUAAGCUUUCACUCUGUUGCAUACUGAAAACUUCAGCAAUAACAGCUUCAUCUCUCUCGCUCGGUUGAAAAGGUCUUUGUCUUUGUUAGUCACCUGAACUUUGUCAAUUCAUGAGUGGUGUGGCCAAAAGGUGCGAGUUGAUAUUUUUUUAGUGGGAAUGAUUACCGACACUAAAAACAAUAAAGAAGAGGGUUUGGACUUCGUUUUCAUUGUACAAAUGAUGGAGAUAUUG